UUUUCGCAGUUGCCUUCAAGGCCGCAGACGCAUGCAAAUCCUGCGCGUGCUCGGUCUCUUGCUGACCGCGGUGGCGGCGAUGGACCCAAUCGUCAUCAAGGGCCAGCGCAUGUUCAAGUACUCGACGGGCAAAGCGUUCCAGGUCAAGGGCGUCGACUACUACCCGCGGCCCAACGCGGGGAUCCUCGACAUCAACAACUACGACUUCUUCACGGACGAGAACGAGCCGAUUUGGGCGCCGCACAUCAAAGAGUUUGCCGAGCUCGGCGCGAACGCGAUCCGCCUGUACGCCGUCGACCCGUCUCAGAGCCACGACAAGUUCAUGUGCGCGCUCCAAGCCAUCGGCGUCUACGUGCUCGUGGACCUCGCGGCGAGCUGCGAGGGCUGCGCGAUCACCAAGGACGAGUACCCGACGUGCUACCCUGGUUCGCUCAAGACACGCGGCCAGCAAAUCAUCGUCGCGUUCUCAAAGUACAACAACGUCAUUGGCUUCAGCGCCGGUAACGAGGUCAACCAUAUCGUGGCCCGCGCCAAGACGAACGCGCCGUGCCAGAAGAAGUUCAUCCGGGACAUGCGCGCCUUUAUCCGCUCGUGCAACAACGAGAUGCGCCCGAUUCCCGUCGGCGUCGUCACCGCCGACUCGGAGCGCAGCGCAAACGCGAUCUACUACAACUGCCGCACGGACGCCGCAGACACGCUUGAGAACGCAGAGUGGUAUGGCCUCAACACGUACGUGCAGUGCGACCCGGCCGCGACCAGCAGCGUCGUGGGGCCCGGCUACAAACAGCUUCUGGACGACUUUACGUCGUACAAGAUGUCGGUGCCCGUCAUGCUCACCGAGAUUGGCUGCCUCAACGUUGGCUUCCCGACGAUCGACGGCUACGCGGCGCAGCGCACGUGGGUGGACGCGGCGUGGAUGCUCUCGCCGAGCUUCAGCAGUGUCUUCACCGGCGGCUUUGUGUUUGAAUUUUCGACCGAGAACGCCAACUCGAAAGCGGACGCGCCGUACCCGUUCACGUCGUUUGGUGGCCAAAACUACGGGCUCGGGUACUUCUCGCCCGAGACGUGCGACCAUCGCGAGACGCCGUGCACCUUCAACCGCAUGCCCAACUAUGGCCUUCUCGCGUCGCAGUUCAAUGCGUCGAACGAAGCGGCGUCGAUGCCGCAGUCGCCCGAGUACGCGGGCUACCGCACGACGCCGCCAGCGUGUCCGUCCGACUUUGCGACCCUCGCGAGCGCCACGUGGGCCUCGGACGCAGUCACCGACAUGCUCUGCCCGGACCUGACGCAAACGCCGCUCUGCCCGGGCGACACGAUGAUCAACGGCAACGGCGACGUGAUCGCACCGAAAUCGGGCACGUCGCCUGUCCCUGCGGGCGGGACCACGCCGUCGGGCGGCAAAACGCCGUCGUCGGCGACACCGAGCCCGCCGGGCGUCACGACGUCGACACCAGGAGGCCGAGCGACACAAGGAAACAGUGCCACCGCUCUCUCGAUGGCGAUGCCAGUCGCGCUGGCCCUCGCCUCCCUUUUCGCGUAAUGCAUGCAAUCCAACACAUUUUUU